AUGUCUGCAGAUGCGUUUGGCGCCGGGGGCAGCGAUGCCCAGCAGAGCCUUCAAUCAUUCUGGCGCGUCAUCGAGGAGAUCAGGAACCUCACUGUGAAGGAUUUCCGCGUGCAGGAGUUACCUCUGGCCCGCAUCAAGAAAAUCAUGAAGCUGGAUGAGGAUGUCAAGAUGAUCAGUGCAGAGGCUCCAGUGCUGUUUGCCAAAGCUGCUCAGAUCUUCAUCACAGAGCUCACCUUGAGGGCAUGGAUCCACACCGAGGACAACAAGAGACGCACUCUACAGAGGAACGACAUCGCCAUGGCAAUAACCAAGUUUGACCAAUUUGACUUCCUGAUCGACAUCGUGCCCAGAGACGAGCUGAAACCACCCAAGAGACAGGAGGAGGUGCGUCAGUCGGUGGCCCCAGCAGAGCCGGUGCAGUACUACUUCACCCUGGCCCAGCAGCCCGGGGCAGUCCAGGUGCAGGGCCAGCAAGCGGGCCAGCAGGCCAACGCCCAGCAGGCCACCACCAUCCAGCCUGGACAGAUCAUCAUCGCCCAGCCCCAGCAGGGACAGGUGCUGCAAGGGGCUACCAUGCAGCAGCUACAGCAGGUGCAGUUAGCCCAGUCACAGAACACACCUAUCACGAGUGCUCCGGUCACCAUGCAGGUUGGGGACCAGCAGGUUCAGAUCGUCCAGGCGUCGGCCCAGGGCCAGGGCCAGGCUUCCCAGGCAGCAGGACAAACCAUGCAGGUCAUGCAGCAGAUCAUCACCAACACAGGAGAGAUCCAACAGAUACCUGUGCAGCUCAACACUGGCCAGCUGCAGUACAUACGUCUGGCCCAGCCCGUCUCUGGAACACAGGUAGUCCAAGGACAGAUUCAGACCUUUGCCAACACUCAGCAGAUUACACAAACAGAGGUCCAGCAAGGUCAACAGCAGUUCAACCAGUUCACUGAUGGACAGCAGUUGUACCAGAUCCAGCAGGUUACCAUGCCAGCGGGACAGGAACUGACUCAGCCCAUGUUCAUCCAGUCCACCAAUCAGACGGCCGACGGCCAAGUCACCACGCAGGUCAGCGCCGAAUAAGGUCACGGCACCAUGCUGCCAGCUCCGCCUCCAGCCACCAACACCAACCAACAAGGCCCCCAGAUUCCUUGACUCAGAUCCCCACAGGACUCCCUGCAACCCUGUCUCUCUUUUCUAAGACCUGGUCUACACCGUCACGUUAGGAACUGGACUCUGACAACACUCACUUUUGUACAGUUCACUUUUCAGAGUCAAAAAACCAAAGGGACUCCUCGCAACUUCCUCUUAGUCUUUCGUCGCAUCGAAGUUCAUGUCAAAUGCUUCCAUAUGGCCUUCCUGACCCCCCCAAACCCCCCCCCCCCCCCCCCCUUCCCCUGGCCAUCACUGACCUCAGCCCCAGAAUCAGCCACCACCUUGUGACCAACUCUCAGUUCUCCUGUGUGCACGUGCGUCUGUUGUGUUGUGUUCUCCUGGCAGACCUGUGCUUGCAUCCUUUUGUCUCGUGUGUCCAAGCUGAGAGAACAAGCCUAUCAUGCCUGCUGUCAAGUCUCCUUCACGUCCACAACUGUAGAUCGUGGAAACGAUAAAGCCAUACCUUGCACAUUCAGUUCACAGUGAAUCAUUGUUUGUUGUCUGGGAAGGAUAGAUGAUGUGAUUGGUCUGUGAAUAGUAUUGUCUCUGCUGUUCUCCAUGUUGGUGAGGUAUAACAAAGGGCUUCUAAGUGUGUGUGUGUGUGUGUGUGUGUGUGUUUGGUUUAGUAUUGUGAACCAUGUCCCCAUCCCUUCUCCAAGACACUUUCGGUUCAUGUCUUCCUUUCUUGUAUCUCUUUUUAUCCCUCCUUCUCUUUGUCCCUCUCUCUACCUUUGUCUGUCAGAAGUUGUGUCCAGGUGCCCUGUCUUGCCCUUGUAGAAACGCCACAUGUACAAACACAACUCGCCCUGGAUGGGAAUAAGUCCUUUUAGAGACCCCUUUUUAAUACAGGUUCUAACUGUUAAGGUUUCUUUUUGUUUUCAAAAAACGAUCCCCCCCCUUCCUGUUUUCUUAUUUUUUAUUCAUCAUUAUAAUUGUUGCUCUUAUUAUUGUUGUUUGCAUGUAGUUUAAAAUGGCAGCAUGAUAUGCAAUAGAUAGGUACAAAAGUUUAUUUUCGACGUUCUUUUUUGUAAGCAAACUUUGUUUGUGAGAAAAACGAAAUAAAAAAAACAACAUGA